CCGGAUACUCCUGAAGAUCAGGUGGAGCGGUAUGCACGUGUAUACCUAAUUGCCUUGGUUGGUGGGUUUCUGUUCCCCGACAAGUCAAAUAAGUGGAUACAAGGCAUGUGGUUCCCUAUGCUCCUCGGUGACUGGGACGAGAUCGGGAGAAAAAGUUGGGGGUCGGCCGUCUUGGCUGGAAUCUACCGAGAGUUGUGUACUUGCUCGAGGUUGGGAGCGAAACAAGCUGGUGGUGCGAUGUUCAUACUUCAACUCUGGGCAUGGGAGCAUCUUCCGUUUCUCGCACCUCAAGACCCUCGGGAAUUCUGGUUGCCAGAUGAUGAGCUACGAUUUGUAGCAAAUCCCCCAUAUGGUUUCAAGUGGAUCGGAGCAAAUACUAACGACCACCAGCCCGAGCACUCUUUACUGUUUUAUCGUGCUGAAUUUGAUAAG